ACGUGACUGCGCUGCGAUCGGGAUCGAUCAUCGAUCAUCGAUCAUCGAUCAUCGACGAGCGAGCGAAGAAGAAAUAUCGUUGAGCAGGAGAAGAUGUCGAAGAACACUCUGUCGACGGACUUUCGAAAGGUGGAUGUGGACGAGUUGGACGAGGAGAAGUACAGAGACGACCCCGAGACAAGUGAAGCUAGCAAUGAGGCGGACCAGGUCGCGCGGCGCGAGCAGGAAGUCAAGCGACUCACUCAAAGAUAUCCUGUUCCAUAACCCAGCGCCUCUGGCUCUAUGUAGUAGUGUCUGUGUGUACGGUGUAUAGACCAGUAUUUCCCUUGACGUAAGUGCACUAGUAACAAUAUGGAGGCUCUGAAGGUCUGUCUUGAAGACCCUCCAGUGAGCACCAAAGACAAGGCACUCAAGGAGAGGAACUUCAACGUAGUGCUGGAUGUGCUGACUCGGUUCAGAGCUGCAGAUGUGGAGAAGGCGGUCAAGAGCCUCAGUUCUGAGCAGGUGGAUGUUCUGAUGAAGUAUAUCUACCGCGGCUUUGCCAGCCCCACUGAGAACUCGUGUGGCAUUCUCCUCUCCUGGCACGACAAGGCUGUGACGGCUGGUGGUUUGGGCUCCAUUGUUCGAGUAUUGACUGACAGAAAGUCUGUCUGAAAUGAGGCCACACCCCCACUCCCUCAGCGUGUGUCCUUAACAACUGUAUUAUAGAAGUCUUUCACUGUGUGCUGGUGUGCAGGAAAUGAUUUUUAGUAGUGAUACAGACGUGCAGCAAUAACAUAGUUCAAGUCCUUUUGAGUGUCUUCUGCUCUCUCUUCCACACUAUAACUGUCCCCUGUGUACAUGUAUACAUAAUAUACACGGUGCGUUGGUGUAAACAUACACACACCACAGAGUGACCUUAUUUGGUGAAGUACAACAG